GCUGUCAUACAUGUCCAAACGCCCCCCAAUUAACGACAACAAGUCCGCAGCGGUGUAGUCGAUUCCACGCUUAUUCUGAACCAUCCAUUCCGUUUCCCAGAAAGCGAAAGUUCCUCUUUGUCGAUCCGCAGCACACACGUCGAGCACAGCAAAUCCCCACGCUGUCGUUUUUCUCUUUCUGUUUCCCACGGCCGCCGUUUCCCCUCCGUCACGCACCUGGUCGGACACGUUGCGACUUUCUGCCCUUGCAUACAGCACGCACGCAUCACAAGCACGAACGAACACGCACGCACCAGAAACAAUUGGGCGGGAGCAAUUGACUGAAUCGUCGCAUCUUCACCAUGGCCUCCUCGAACGUUCUUCAAGCGAAAGUAAAGAGCGUAUUGUCAGGGGAUACUCUCGUCCUUGCGCACCCUGCCAACCCCCGUAAAGAGCGCCAGCUGUCGCUCGCCUUCGUAUCCGCACCGCGCCUAAAGAAGGAAGGUGAUGAGCCCUUCGCCUACCAGUCACGCGACUUUGUCCGCAAGCAAUUUGUCGGCAAGAUCGUCAACUUCCGCGUCUUGUAUACGAUACCACAGACGAAGCGCGAAUAUGGCAUCGCAUGGCUGCCGGGCGCAGAGCCUUCAGCGCAGCUACCAGAAGUUGCUGUGAGGGAAGGGUGGGUGAAGGUGAGGGAGGACGCAGGGAAGAGGGAAGAGAAUGAGGAGUCACGAGUGCUGGCGGAGAGGCUGCAAGUUGUGGAGGCGCAUGCCAAGGCCGACGGCAAGGGCAUGUGGGCUGACGACAAGAAGUCCGGCGAGAUCGAGUGUGUGUACGAGCUGAGCGACCCGAAAGAAUUCGUGGACGAGCACAAGGGCAAGCCGUUGCAGGCCAUCGUGGAGCGUGUCUUGAGCGGCGACCGGCUCAUUGUCCGGAUACUGCUGACGCCAACCAAGCACGUGCAAACGAUGGUGCUGAUUGCGGGCAUUCGAGCACCUUCGACGAAGCGGACCAACCCGUCGGACGGGAAGGAGCAGCCGGCAGAGCCCUUUGGAGAUGAGUCACAGGCCUGGGUUGAGGAUAGACUGCUGCAGCGGCAGGUGCAACUCAACGUGCUUGCCGUCAGCCCGCAGAAUCAGCUCGUCGCGUCCGUCAUCCACCCCCAGCAGGGCAGCGUCGCGCCGCAUAUACUGAGGCUGGGUCUGGCACGCUGCUCCGACUUCCACUCUACGCUGCUGGGCGCGGACAUGUCUUCGCUACGUCAGGCUGAGCUCGAAGCUAAGAAAGCACAGAGGGGCGUGUUCAGGGGCCACGUUUCCGCUCAAAAGGCGGGGAGCGAGUUUGAUGCCGUCGUUAGCCGAGUGCUUUCCGCGGACACCAUCUUCCUGCGGAAUAACAAGACGGGUGUGGAACGCAGGAUCAGUCUGUCAAGUGUAAGACAGCCCAAGCCGAGCGAUCCAAAGCAAUCGCCCUGGCAGGCGGAGGCAAAGGAAUUCCUCCGAAAGAAGCUCAUUGGAAAGCACGUCAAGUUCCACGUCGAUGGUAAGCGAGCUGCAACAGAGGGAUACGAUGAGCGGGAGGUCGCAACAGUGGUUCACAACGGCAAAAAUGUUGGGUUGAUGCUCGUGGAGAGCGGUAUGGCUUCCGUGAUACGCCAUCGACAGGACGAUACGGAUCGCUCGCCCAUAUAUGACGAGCUUUUGCAAGCGGAAUCUGCCGCACAAGAGGCCAAGAAGGGCAUGUGGGCAGACAAGGCACCGGCAGCGAAGCAGUAUGUUGAUUACUCCGAAUCGCUGGAGAAGGCGAAGCGACAACUGGCCCUGCUGUCGCGCCAGAAGAAGGUACCUGCAAUUGUUGACUUUGUCAAGUCAGCGAGCAGAUUCACGGUGCUCGUUCCACGUGAAAAUGCCAAGCUCACCUUCGUACUAUCUGGCAUCACCGCGCCGCGAUCAGCGAGGAAUCCGACGGACAAGGCAGACCCGUUCGGACAGGAGGCGCAUGAUUUUGCGAACAAGAGGCUCAUGCAGCGCGAUGUUGAGAUCGACGUGGAGAGCAACGAUAAGUCCGGUGGUUUCAUUGGAACCUUGUAUAUCAAUCGUGAAAACUUCACCAAGUUGCUGCUCGAGGAGGGCUAUGCUUCUGUGCAUGCGUACAGCGCCGAGAAGAGCGGGAAUGCGAAUGAGUUGUUUGCUGCGGAACGUAAGGCCAAGGAAGCCAGAAAAGGUAUCUGGCAUGACUGGGACCCGUCUCAGGAUGAGGAUGAUGAUGGACAUGCUGAAGCGACGAACGGACAAGCAAGCACAAGCGCGAACGGUGACACCCCGCAGCCACGCAAAGCAGAUUACCGUGACGUUGUGAUCACUCAUAUUGACGAAAAUGGGCGCUUGAAGCUCCAAGAGCUAAGCAGGGCCUCCACUCUCGACAGUCUACAGGAGAAAUUUAAGGCUUUCCAUCUAUCGUCAGGCAAGCCGCUUGACGAGCCUCCAAAAGCUGGCGAUCUUGUCAGCGGCAAGUUCAUGGGCGAGUGGUAUCGUGCAAAGGUGCGACGAAAUGACCGCGAGAAGAAGAAGGCGGAGGUUUAUUACGUGGAUUACGGUAACAGCGAGCUCGUCGACUGGAAGGAUCUGCGUGGGCUACCGCAGGACAAGUUUGGCAUUCAAGUAGUCAAGCCGCUGGCCAUCGACGCAACGCUGUCGUAUAUUCAGUACCCGACAGCGGUGCACUACCAGCAAGAGUCUCUGGCCUUCCUGAGGGAGGAGUUUGGCGAUCGCAAACUUGUCGCCAGCGUGGACCAGAUUGACAAGGAUGGUAGUUGGAGCGUCACACUUUUCGACUCUGCAGGUCUUGGCGACAAGCUCGAGGACAGUGUCAAUGCAUUGCUAGUCAAGCAAGGGCUCGCGAUGGUGCCGCGAAAAUUGAAAGCGUGGGAGAGAGGUGCUCCGAUCCUGAAGGGUCUGCAGAAGGAUGAAGCCGAGGCCAAGGAAGCCCAUGCCGGAUGCUGGGAGUACGGCGAUAUCACUGCUGAUGAGGAUUAGACUGUAGAAUCAGUUGUGGUAAGAGAAGGACGAGAGGAGAAGCGGGUGUGUUUUUUUGGCUUAAAUUUGUCAAAAAGUUCGACGCUAUUCCGGCUGUGCUUGUUGAUGAAUGUGACGAAUGCUUUGACGAUGUUGGCAAUCGUGCUUUAUUGCAUCAUUUUUGGAUUGGGAAUCGAGAUGAAAAAAAAAAGAAUUAAUUCAUAGCAUCAGAUAGGUUUCUCAAGGGUUGAGAAACGAAAAAAUCGCCUCUCUUGUCUAAACCUAUUGCGAUGUUUCUCUUAGUAUAUCCAAUUCAAAAAAACUGACGGAAUGGGCGCUAACUGUAGAAGUUUAGGCUCAACCUCGAAUCUGUCGUUCUUAGC